UCAGAAGCGCCCCGGAGUGGCAGCUGGGCGGGCGAGCGCGGUGGGAAGCCGCUAUCGUUGCAGUAUGGCGGACGAUGGGGACGGUAGGAGUGCAGCGGCGGACACUAGCGGCGGGCAGGGCACGACGGAGGAGUUGGAUCCGGGGGCCGGUCUCGGUAUAAGCGGCAUGCUGCUCGAUCUCAGCGUUCUGGUGCUCCUGCUGGCCGCGUGUUACGUGGUUUACGCGCGGUGGUGGCGGAGGGCGGGCGCGGACGCGGGCCGGGGCAGCGAGGCCUCGCCGCUUCCCAAGAUGAGGAGACGCGACUUCACCCUGCAGCAGCUGCGCGAGUACGACGGCGUGCAGAACCCGCGCAUCCUCAUGGCAGUCAAUACAAAGAUCUUCGACGUGACCAGCGGCAAAAAGUUUUACGGACGCGAGGGCCCCUACGGGAUCUUUGCGGGACGUGAUGCUUCUCGGGGUUUGGCAACAUUCUGCCUGGAGAAGGAUGCAUUACGAGACGAGUACGAUGAUCUUUCAGACCUGAAUGCUGUACAGAUGGAAAGCGUUCGAGAAUGGGAGAUGCAGUUCAUGGAGAAAUAUGACUACGUUGGCCGUUUGUUGAAGCCAGGAGAUGAGCCGUCUGAGUACACAGAUGAAGAGGACAUGAAGGAUCAUCAAAAACACGAAUGAUCUGCUGAAGCAUCCACAGCAGCUGAAGCCCAGGACUGAGAAGGCCACCAUCCAGAAUAGUUAAACCCCAGCAAGAAAACCCCUCAGAAUCUGCCCUUUACCUCGAUCGUACCAUGUUCCCACUACUGCUCCACCACAGAGAUAAACGCAUCUGUCUGAAAGCCCCCUGCUGUUCUGACUGUUCUUCUACCAAAAAAGACCAAUAGCCUGUCAGAGUUUCCUGUACUCUUCUUGUCUGUUCUUGAUACCUUCUCUUUAAUCCAGCUCCUUGACCCUCAGUCUUCCUGUCCCACCUAAACACUCAAUUUAUACCAUCAAACACUAUACCAUAAACCACCAGGCCUACACCCUAAAUGGUCAGUCAUACAGUCUAAACCCCUAAACCUUCCGUCGUUUACCCUACAGUCCAAUGGAAAGUGGAGCGCACCUGAGGCUUUUAUAGCAUCCUGCACAUUUGCGCGUUCAGACUUGGACUGACAAUGUGAAGAGAUGAAUAAAAAGGAGAAAGGAGGAAACACUGAAUACACAUACAUUUUUAUUCACUUAAAUUUCCUUUGUGGACUUCACCGUUCAUGACCUCAAAGGUCACGUACAUCGAGCGGGGCAGAUGCCUGGAGUUCAGUACACAACAGGUUAAAAAUCGCAACUGGGGUCUCUCUUAAUUAUUUUUGUUUCCAUUUAAGUUAGUUUUGUUGUUGUGUGUGUAAUUAUUGUACCACAACACACGUCUCAAACACUUCUCAAGCAUUUAAAUCUCAUGCUUAUUCGUCGACUGUGAGAAUGUUGUCGUUUUAAAUCAAAGUAAAUGUAGAGUGGAUAUGGUAACCAAUCCAAAAGCCAGAUUGUCUGCCUUCAGCCAAUCAAUCCAAAGCUUGGGAGGGUCUGGGGUGGGUGGGUGCUCUUAGCAAUUUUUGUAUUGUAUGCACCACUAGUGUGUAGCGAUUUUUGUCACAAUGCGAUUGUAAAACAUUCGGGAUGGGAAAUGUUUGUGGGGGGAGGGUAUCCGUUAGCAUUCUCGCCAUAAAACUGUCGUUUUAUUUGUACUAUGUAAAUCUGAACAGCUGGUUGGGAUGCAAAGGGAAGAUCAGUAUGGUAGUUUAAUUGGAUCAACUUGUCUACUCAUUGGUCAACAGAACUCUCCCUUCCCCUGUUAAUGAAACCGUCAGCGUAGUUAUUGUGCCUUAUUUCCAUUUAAUUUACUACAGAACAGUCGAGAGAUGUAGAAGGAGACAGGUAUGAGAAAACGCAAAGAUAAAACAUGUUCUGCUCUGCCCUUUCCACAAUACAUACUCUUAGGAGGUUUUUCGAAAGCCAAGGCAUCUUUCCCCUCCAUUUCCUCACAGUUCGUACGACGAGGUGUGCUCGCGUCUGUGAGCGAAUCCGACACGAGAGGCUCGACCACCAUUAUCGUGACCUUGUACAUAGACUUUAUGAGCUAUUUCAGUGUUACUGCCAUAUCUGCGCUGUUAUUAAACCCCACGCACUGCUGUGUUGUACUGGCCAAAAGAUCCAUUGCUCUUUCUCUGUUUCCAUCUCUUUUUCCCCUCUUUUUUUUUUGUUUUGUUUUUUUCUGCUGAAUUUAUUUUUAAUUGUGGGUAAUUUUCAAAUCCACCCUUAAGUGUUAUAUUUUGUUUUUCUUCUGGAGAGGGGAACUAUGAGUUUGGAAGAAUACUUUGUCUUUGCUGAGGGGAGGGGGAUGAGGCACAAUUCAAAAAUUGUGGAUUCUGUAAAUAUGUGUAUCAUUUUAUUAAAGCAUGUGCAGCAAACAGUGAGGUAAUGCUGGCUCUCACGUCAUGUAUUUAAAUGGAGUUUGCAAGGAUGUGUGUGCGUGUGCACUCGGGGGGGAGGAUGAGAACGUGUUGUUGCAGAAAUAAAUGCAUUUGGUUAAUAACUACUGUUAUCCUCUCU